AAACACAGUAUAGGUUAGUUUAAAGUAUAAAAUUUGUAUCUCUUUUCAAUACACGCGAUAACAAUGAUGUCAUCUUUUUUCAUUGACGCAUAUGCCAUAUAGAAAGAUUAAACGUUGUUAAUUGUAUCGUUUGAGAACCACUGAGCGUUAGACGCUCACUUCACUAUAGAUAAAAGUUGCUUUGAGUUGCAUUCUGAAAGGGGAAAGGUUGUAGAACUUCUUAUGUAUACAAGUAAUAAAAAGUGACGUAAUUAAAUUCAUUGAAAUGGAUUGAUAAUUAAAUUGUCUAUAUAUAUAACAAUCAUGAUACACGUUGAAAAUUGUGAAUUGGGACAAUAGUAUUUGUUAUUAAAAAAGAAAGGAAGAAAAAAAAAUAUCGUGCCAUAUAUGUAAGACCCACCUUAUUUAUUGCACGUUUUAAAUAACCAAGAGUAUUAUUUACAAGAAUAUUAUUAUAAAUAUUAUUUAAGAAUAUUAUUUAAAAACAAGAAAAAAAGGAAAUAAAACUAAGCACACGAUGUCGCUCAGUGCCAGUGCCGAAAAUUUAUCGUCCGAAGGACAAAACAACGAAAGAUGGAACAUGUGUCUGGAAUUAGCACUCGAAGGAGAACGUCUCUGCAAAGCAGGGGAUUGCAAAUCAGGUGUUGCAUUUUUCCAAGCAGCUAUACAAGCUGGAACAGAUGAUCUGAGAAUAUUGAGUGCAAUUUAUAGUCAGCUAGGAAAUGCAUAUUUUUAUCUUGGUGAUUAUGUUAAGGCAAUGCAAUAUCAUAAAUUGGAUUUAACGCUUGCAAGAAAUAUGGGAGAUAAAUUGGGAGAAGCUAAGUCGAGUGGUAAUUUAGGGAAUACGUUAAAAGUCAUGGGAAAGUUUGACGAAGCUAUGUUAUGUUGUAAAAGGCAUUUAGAGAUAUCAAGAGAAAUUGGUGAUAAGCUCAGUGAAGGAAGAGCUUUAUACAAUUUGGGAAACGUAUAUCAUGCAAAAGGAAAACAAGCUGGAAGAGUAGGACAACAUGAUCCUGGAGAAUUUUCUGAAGAUAUUAGACAGUGUUUACAGGAAGCUGUGCGAUAUUACGAAGAAAAUUUAGAACUUAUGAGAGAAUUGGAAGAUUCAGCUGCACAAGGUAGAGCUUGUGGCAAUCUAGGUAAUACGUUCUACCUUUUGGGAGAUUUUCAGCAAGCCAUAUACUAUCACAAUGAACGAUUAAAAAUUGCUAAGGAAUUUGGUGAUAAAGCGGCGGAAAGAAGGGCAAACAGUAACCUAGGAAAUUCACACAUAUUUCUUGGAGAAUUUGAGAAGGCUGCACAGCAUUAUAAGAGAACUUUGGUUCUUGCACAAGAAUUGGGUGAUAGAGAAGUGGAAGCUCAAGCAUGCUAUUCUUUAGGAAACACAUAUACACUUCUUCGUGAUUAUCCAGCCGCUAUAGAAUAUCACUUAUGGCACCUUGGAAUUGCUCAACAAUUGAAAGAUCGUGUAGGCGAAGGACGUGCAUGUUGGUCAUUAGGCAACGCAUAUGCUGCUAUGGGCAACCAUGAGAAAGCAUUAUAUUAUGCAAAUUUACAUUUGAGUAUUUCGAAAGAAUUAGAGGAUCCAAUGGGACAGGCUACUGCACAAAUGAACGUUGAUGAUUUACAAAAACUUUUGGGUAUAGAAAAAGGACCAGAGCAUAAUAAAGAAAAUCAAAUGAAUAAACUUACUACAAAUGCAACAUCGAAUUACAAUAAUUCAUCUCCUGGCAGAUACAGACUUCGUCGACAGAGCAUGGAUAAUUUAGAUCUCAUUAAGCUUACACCCGAUGGUAAACAAAAGGAGCCUAUUGAACCAUUACCAGAUGUUGCUAGCAGUGCUACUGCACAAUUAAUGCUGCAAAAAGAGGAAGAUAACUUCUUUGAUCUUUUAUCUCGUUUUCAAUCUGGUAGAAUGGACGAUCAACGUUGUGCUCUUCGUGUCAAUCGUAACGCUAAAGUUCGAAGUAUUACCCCUGAAAAUGACAAAGACGGAGAAGAUUUGAUGGAAUUGAUUGCUGGAAUGCAAAGUAAAAGAAUGGAUGAACAACGUGUUACUUUACCCUUUUUGCCAGGAUUAAAUACUAAUGGAAAUGAUCAAGCUAAAUCAUCUACUCAAGCACAUGCAGAUGCUGAUGAUUCGUUCAUCGAAAUGCUUGUAAGAUGUCAAGGUUCACGAUUAGAAGAUCAACGUAGUCCAUUACCAGCUUCAUCAUCGUUACAAGAUGCAGAAGAAGAAAGAAAUCCAAGACCUAAUGGAAAUACCCACUCUGGUUCAACAGUUCCAGAAGAAGAUUUAUUUGCUUUGAUCCAAAGACUUCAAGCUGGACGAAUGGAAGAUCAACGUGCAUCCGGACCUGGAAAAAUAUGUUAAACACGUACAGAAAUGUUGUAAUAAUAGGAAUUGACGAUACCAAGCAGCAGUAAUGCAACAUACGAUGACAUUUUGAUCUCCUAACUUCAUUCGAAGUUUUUUGCUAUGCAGGAGAUAUUAGAUCUCUAAUAUUUGUAGAGGUUUAUUUUUGUCUAUUGUAUCCAAUAUUUCCGUAUAAGAUUUAUUUUUUUAUUUCAUACAAACAUUAUUGAUCCCUGAAAUGACGAGAUGUAACCUACCGUCCAUUAAUAUCAGGCCCUUUAUUCAUCGUAUCAAAUUUUAUCGUAUAAAUAUGCAAUAAUCUUAUAAAUAUAUAUAUAUUAUGUUUUAUCAAAGAGUAAUCGAUUUCACAUAUGUCAGAGAGCUUAGCAUGUGGUGCCAAAUUUGAUACUAACAAGCUUGAAUUAUUUCUAGAAAAAGAUAAUGAUUGAAAAUUGUUCAUAAGAUAUCAAAUCCGCAUAUAAUAUCAAUAGAUUUAUUUCUUGAGAAGUCUAGCGAUUUUAAACUAUUAGUUAUACUAGAAAAAAAUGCUUAAAAAAAAAAAAUGCCUAAGAAUAUCUCAAGCACUGCCAAUACUGGAGCACAGAUUAGUUGAGCAUACAAAUACAUUUAGGAAGUGUAAUCUAUACCAAAGGAUGUCAAUCUUUUGCGUGUAAGAUUAAAUAUACUUAAAAAGUAUUAUAAUAAUAUACAAACACAUGUAUGGAGUCUUAAAUACACGACUCGUUAAUUUUUCUAAUACGUUCAUUUUGAACUCAACGAUUAAACAUAUUUUAUGUUCUUUCUUUUGGAAAGAAUAUAUUUCACCAGAUUAUUCGAAUUAUAAGAAAUAUUAUCGAUAAUAAAAUUUGUGCCAAAAUGAUGUAAAAUGAAAAAGAAAGUAAAAUUAAGUGAAAUGAAAGAACGGCAUCAUCAAACAAUCAAGGCACCAUAAAUAUGAAACAAGCUCCUAAAGAUUUACCGAUACAUACAAAAUAUCUAAUUAAAUCGAAAUGAAUUGGAUUUUUGAAAAUGACCAAAAUUGAUAAAAUAUUGAAAAUAAUUUGUUAUUUGAAUUUAAAAUAUUUAUCAAAGUACACAUUUGCUAUCAUUGAAUCCUCGCUGUUAUAAAGCAAGCUGGUUCUUGCUAUCCAAAUAUAGAAAAAUGCAUUUUUUGGUAAAACAAAAAUAAAAGCAAUUUUACACACGAAUAAGGACACACACAACACACAUACACAUACACGUAAUGACAUACAUGUACGAAUAUAAAGACUACAUCAGGAAUUCCAGUAGGAUAAUUUUUUGAUCGAGAAAAUAAUUCAUAUUUUUUUAUCAAGCUUACAUUACGUUCAAUUGCAUAAUUAACACGGAUGUACGUAUUUUAGAUAAUUCAUCAAUUAAAAAUAAAUAAAUCUAUUAUUUAAUGGCUCUAACUGAUGGUCUAGCGCUUGAAAUGUUUCAAACGGUUCAAGUGUUUUAUAAA